AUGUUCUCAAUCCAGGACAGCCUCCCCCGGGGGGCACUGACCAUGAAGGAGGAGCCGCUCCCCACCGGCAUGACCCCGGUCCGCUCCUGGAUGCAGGGCGCAGGGAUUUUGGACGCCAACACAGCGGCCCAGAGUGGGGUGGGUUUGGCCCGAGCUCACUUUGAGAAGCAGCCUCCGUCCAACCUGAGGAAGUCCAACUUCUUCCACUUUGUGCUGGCGCUGUACGACCGACAGGGCCAGCCGGUUGAGAUCGAGAGGACUUCCUACGUAGACUUCGUGGAGAAAGACAAGGAGUACAACGGAGAGAAGACCAACAACGGGAUCCACUACAGGCUCCAGCUCCUCUACAGCAAUGGCAUCAGGACAGAACAGGACCUUUAUGUUCGGCUGAUCGACUCCAUGACCAAACAGCCCAUCCUGUACGAAGGUCAGGACAAGAACCCGGAGAUGUGUCGCGUCCUCCUCACCCACGAGAUCAUGUGCAGCCGGUGUUGUGACAAGAAGAGCUGCGGAAACCGCAACGAGACGCCCUCUGACCCCGUCAUCAUCGACAGAUUCUUCCUGAAGUUCUUCCUCAAAUGCAAUCAGAACUGCCUGAAAAACGCAGGAAACCCUCGAGACAUGCGACGGUUCCAGGUGGUAGUUUCCACUACAGUUAACGUGGAUGGUCACGUGCUGGCCGUGUCAGACAACAUGUUCGUCCACAACAACUCCAAACAUGGCCGCCGCGCCCGACGCCUGGACCCCUCCGAAGCAGCCACGCCAUGCAUCAAAGCCAUCAGCCCGAGCGAGGGCUGGACGACCGGCGGCGCCACUGUCAUCCUCAUCGGGGACAACUUCUUCGAUGGCCUGCAGGUGGUCUUCGGCACCAUGCUGGUCUGGAGCGAGCUGAUCACCCCUCACGCCAUCCGGGUCCAGACUCCCCCUCGCCACAUCCCAGGGGUCGUGGAGGUCACUCUGUCCUACAAGUCCAAACAGUUCUGCAAAGGAGCGCCAGGACGCUUUGUCUACACUGCCUUGAACGAGCCAACCAUUGACUACGGCUUCCAGAGACUACAGAAGGUCAUCCCUCGCCACCCCGGGGACCCCGAGAGGUUACCUAAGGAGGUGCUGCUGAAACGAGCAGCUGACCUGGUGGAAGCUCUGUACGGGAUGCCACACAACAACCAGGAGAUCAUCCUGAAGCGAGCGGCCGACCUCACCGAGGCCCUCUACAGCGUCCCUCGCAGCCACAACCAGUUGCCGUCUCUCACCGGCUCGGCCGCCCACUCAGGGAUGAUGGGGGUGAACUCAUUCAGCAGUCAGCUCGCCGUCAACAUCUCCGAGGCCUCGCAGGCCGACCAGGGUUACUCCCGUAACUCGAACAGCGUGUCUCCUCGUGGCUACGUGCCGAGCUCCACGCCUCAGCAGUCCAACUACAACACCAUCACAUCCACCAUGAACGGAUACGGAGCGGCAGGGAUGACCAACCUGGGCGUACCCGGAUCCCCCAGCUUCCUCAACGGCUCCACCGCCAACUCUGCAUACGCAAUCAAACAGAAGAGCGCCUUCGCCCCUGUCGUGCGGCCACAGACCUCCCCGCCCCCCACCUGCACCACCACCAAUGGCAGCAACCUCCAGGCCAUGGCAGGUCUCAUUGUGCCCCCCAUGUGAGGACGACUCUCAGCCAGAUACCAUCAGACCCCCUCCCACCACACUGAUGGCCCCAACAACAACAGUGAAACGUGUUUCCCAUCAUCCCCGAGUCCGUCGGACCUUGAACUCACCAGAAGAAGACCUGAGCUCCACCCACAAACCAUUGAUUGAGUCACCGUUAGCUGGCGGCGUGCUGAUCGCUGCAGCCACUGCAGAUGUCACUAUGGACAGUUUGUGAAAGACCUGAUGAGAAAACGUGACUUCUGACAUCUGCGGUGGCUUCACGUGGAGGCAGCACUCCAUCAGAGGGAUGUGGACUGUGGAGGGGAGGGGGGGGGCAGGUGUCUGAAGUACUACAUGUCGUGUGAGUAUUGUUGCGCUGAGUUAUUAAACAGGUUAGACUGACUUCAGAAGUGUGUGGAGACCAAACAGGUCUGAACAGUUUGAACCACUGUGAGACAGGAAGGAGGCGAGUUCACCGGGAGCUUCUGCUCGCUGCCCACAAACGUCAUCUGACAAGGUUUAAAGGGUCAUUCCACUGCUUUUGAAAUUCUUUGUACAAACCAAGCUUUUUUUUAUUUAUCUUGCUCCAGGUCUCCAUUAGCUUCCAUGUCACUGUUAUAUUAUUGUUACCGCUGUGCAGACUUUUAAAGCCUGCAGAGUUCUGCAUGGGCCCAACACCAAGAGCAGAACCGGGUCUCUACCAGCGUCUUUAAGACCAGAUCAGCACAGGGUCCUACAUGAUUACACUCACUGUAAACUCUGGAGUAAUGUCACUACUUAAGCAAGUGUAGCUACUCAUUUCUCACAGCAAAAAUAACAUCGAUGACAGAAAUUAGUAGCUAUGCCUGGGUCAUGUUCGCUCACAGCUAGCUUGAUCUGCAUAGUUAGCAUAGUUAAUACUGAUGUAACAAACUAGUAGUGCCAAGUUUACAGUCAUGGUAAUCACGUGUCAGACGCUUUCUGAUGUUCAGAGCUGAACUGGUACCUACACUGGUACUGUUGCAUCUUAGACCAGCAUGUGGCGCCAGACCUGAAGCUGCAUUUUGACCAACACAACGCAUGAAAGUCAGAAGCUUCUACUCUACUCUAAAACUAACCAGAGUUGACCCCAACAGAGCCUGAGCUUGACUUAACAAAGCGUUCUUUUGCAUAUUUAAAUCAUUUUCCACAGCAGACGUUAACAUUAUCCAGGAAGUUGCUGCAGAGACAGAAUCCACCAUAACAAACGCUCUGUUUUCUUUUAGUCGUCUCACUGUUGACUUCCUGUUCAGACUCAGCUCACUCUGCACUUUCUAAUGCAUCCAAAUGCACCAUGAGUGAAGACACGAUGGGCCCCGACUUGUUGGAAACCACUUAGUGGUAAUGGAGCAUGUGGCUUUAAAUGGGCCACAAUGUGCAAAGUAGUGGUCUGGUCCUUUAAAGGUUUAAGGUGAAUCUCCCCCAAAAAUGAAUCAGCACAGUCUGCUCUCCAGGUUUGUCAAACGGGAGACAAAGCAAGCCAACGUCAACAUGUAACCACACUUUGGUUACUGUAUGAUUCCAUUUGUGGUGAUACUCUGUGUUUACAAGGAGUAUUACUGAAUGGAAGCUGGAUCAGAAGCUCUCGGUGGACAAAGACCUGAGUCGGACCGAGUCCAGAAACCAGGAAAAAACAAACUCUUCAGACCUUUUUUCAAAGCUGGAAAACCCGCCAUACGGUUCCAGAUGUUCUGUCAGAAAUGCUAAACUCUCGUCCUCCCACAAGCUCCAGGGGAGCAGCAGCGUCGGCGACCGCUGGUGAAGAUCUUCCGGCGUUCUCCUUUCUGUAGCAUAGCUUCUAACAACGUCCGUGUCCUGCUCUAGAGGAGGACAUGCAUCGUUGUCUAAGCUGCAGAAAGAGUCAGCACGCGUGCUGCUUCCAGCUCAGGAGCAGAUGUUAGGCUAACAUUAGUCUGAGGCAGCCUGAGCUUUUUAGUUUCACUCAUGUUCUUAUUUUUUGGGGGGUGUCUCUUUCUUUGAACUCAGUAGUUCUGUUUUGCCGGUGUCGAGUGGUAGGUUUGAACCAGAAAAAGCUUGCAGCAGUUUUAAUCGCAUUUAGGUUCCGCCUUUCUCCUUCUCUUCUGACUGUGCUUAUUUUAUAUGUAUUUAUAAAAGUAUGUUUUGGGGGAGUUCCUUUUGUGAUUUAGGCCUGAAUGAUAGUCUCAAUAUAUAUGUAAACACAUUUGAUGUCUUAAUACCUUUUAGAUAUUGUAAAAACAGUGAAGUCAGAGGAAUUAACCCUUUUGUAAAAACUAAACACAUCAUGACACGUCACCCUGUUUUUGAAAGCAGGACGUAAAAAACGCUUUCAUCACUUUUGUAUAAAAACGCUUUUCUGAUAUGAUAUUUAACUUUUUGUAAACAGCAUCAUUUGUGUUUCCCCUGGUUCUUCUUGUCCUUUGUGUAUUAUUGUGAAAUGUAUAAUCAUGGUUAUUUCUUAAUGCACUAUUUUUGUUGGGGCACUUAAUAAGAGCAAUGCAUCUUAGCAAAAAACAAAAAAGAUAAAAGUUUAAAAAAAAAAAGCUAGAACAAUAUGCACCAAUAUGUUGUUUUGUUUGUCGUUCUGAAAUGGCACAAAUCCUGUCGUGAAACUUUUAUAUUUCAGAAUAACGUCCUAAUAUUCCACCGGUCUGACUUGUGGACCGAGCGUAUCGCUUGGUUUUAGAAGACGGUAUUUUAUCCAUGUACUAUUAGACCCGAUCCUAGUCUUUGUGUGUUUUGGUGAGAAUGACAUGCGAUUUGAAAACAGGCAGCGAACGUGAGUGUUUGGCUCACUGAUCUCAAGGAAACCUCCAGUGAUGUUGGUGGUGCUGUUGUUGUCGUCGCACACAAUCUGGAUCCUUUACUUAUGCAACCGUGUUCCUGUUGUGUAACAAACUCGUCUUCCACGCCGCCGUGGAAAAGAAAAGGUCGGGACAUGAAAAGAUCUAAACGUCAUGUUUGAUGCCUUACAACUGAAGACACUUCAACGCCGUCUUUUUUAAAUUAAGUUCUAGCUCUGCAGCAGAUUGUCGUAGAAAGCUCCAGUCCAGCUCUGAGGAGUUUUGUCUGCACCAAACAUUUGUACCUCAGGUUGACCCCUGAACAACAAAGUCUGUGUUAUCAGCACUGUUCUUAGCCUUUCAGUGUCACACAGCGCCCCCUAAUCACAGAGGAAGGCACUACAAAUCAGGAGCUUACUACAAAAGCGCACAACAUUCACGAAAGAACAAAAGAGUUUGGGGAUGAAGGCGACAACAGUUACAGAAAUCUGGAAAACCCCUCUAAUAAAUCUGAAACAGCGACAGUUGCAUGUUUCAAAUCAUCUGGAAGCUGAGAUGUCAAAACCAACUAUGACAAAACGGCCUCAUCAUACAAAGUGCGUAUCAGAAUUAACACACAACUACCUCCAUGUCUCACAUUUGUCUUGAAAUUCUGACACUUACACAAUUUAUCCCUAAACAUUAAGUGAAAACCGUGUCACACAUAGAAGAUCUGAAUGUCAGUGUUACAGGGAAACAGAUUUACAAGAACACUUUUACAGUAAUAGAAGAGCUGUGUUUCAUAAUUAGUCACGUGGUCUUGAAACAGAGACACAGGUCUCAUCACUUUAAUGAGGAGAGAGAGAUUUCCACAGCAUUGGGUACUUCCCAUUUUCCUGACACAAACCAGAACCAUCUCACUUCCCUUUAACUGAUGAGGCGCCUGAAUCUCUGAACUCUUUGUUAGUGAAACCAGACUCGAGGGCAGGGAUCUGAAGCUUGGACGGGUUAAACUUUGGACUUUAUGCAAACGCAGCAGGAGCGACAGGCUCUGUCGCGUUGGCUGCUGGGAAACGUCUGUCCAGCGUCUGUGGGAAAAGCCAUUGUUUCACUUAAGCUAAUGAAAGCCAGCCUCAGUGAACAGUUCAACACGAGCCCCCACGUCCGUCUCCACUUUUCAAACUGCUUGCUAACGUUUGCUUUUUUCUUUGUCACUGUUGUAGAAAGUUUGCUUCUCACUGUCCUGGUUUUCAGCCAAGGUUUGAAAAACUGCAAAUAAAACUUUUUCGAUGUUUUACUUCAAUGUGAAAGAGGGCAGAGGUACUGCAUCUUUGUGAAAUAUGAAAUAUAUCAAAGUAUAUCAAAGCACAAUGUUUAAUUAAUGUCUUUAGAAUACAAACAAGGGGCGCCGCCCCAGCUUUUACUUCCUGUCUCUGGCCAUGCUGUAAAUAAAUGCAUGUUUUGGUUUUUUUUCCUGUGAUCAGUGCUUUUUGUACAGAAACAGU